AUGCUCACACCUGCCAUCCGAAAGAGCAUCGAAGAAUCCAUCGAAGAGGCAAAAGGUCGACCGACCCAAUUGCUCUCGAUCCUCGUCGGCGUCUUAUUGAGAUAUCCAAAGACUUGCUUGACCAAAGCCGCGUUGAGAAAGCUAGAGUUAAGCCGGAGGGACUCUCAAUGUCGUGCUUGGCUGGAGGAGAGCCACCAAGAUAUCCAGCUCCGUAGUUGCGAGCUAGGCCGUUGUGAGGAGCUGGAACACUGUGCCACGCAUGGUGGUUCUGGUCCGAGAAGUCCCCCAUCCCUUGAAGACACUCCAUCGUUGACGUCUGAAGGAGCUGAAUUCGCCGCGUUCCCCGAAACUAAGCGCGCAACCGCGUAUAGAUAUACCUUCCAGCAGAAUCUCAUAGAUCACGGCGUCUACCCUUUUACCUACGAGGCUCCCGAUGGCGGAAGAUCAGCGAAGCCAGAUAAUUGGAAGGAGAUUAAUGAAAGAUUAGCCGAGCCUCGAGAUUCCCUGUCGCCAUCAAGUUUUACUGGUGAUGCGUUUGAACAUUUCGCAUGGAUGGCUGCGAAUGCAUCCCAUAAGCACUCGGUACUGGCAUCGGUGAUUCCAACCAUUGAGGGCACUACCAGCUCUACCGCAUAUAACGGGCGGGAGGGUUUAUUUGCCAAUCUUGCUCCUCUAACAGACGGUUCUCUUGUUCCUGGAAAGCCAGACCGCUUUGAUGGGGCUCGCCCGGAGCAGCUUGACGGAAGCAUUCGCAACCAGCUCAAUGACCUCAUCAUUCCCUCAACCGAUGAUAGCCUUCCAAUGGCACCCAAUUUCUUCCUGGAAGCAAAGGGACCCGAUGACUCUGCCGCGAUAGCAAGAAUACAGGCUUGCUAUGAUGGCGCUUUAGGCGCCCGAGGCAUCCAGAGCCUUCAGUCCUACAGGCAAGAUAUCCCAGUGUAUGAUAACAAAGCGUACACCAUCAUGGCUACCUAUCACGACGGGACACUGAAGUUAUACACCUCCCAUCCCACCCAGCCAACCUGUCUUGGAAACCACCCCAAAUACAUCAUGACUCAGAUCAAGGGUUGGUCUCUGACCAGUGAUCCAGAAUCCUUCCACCAAGGAGCUACCGCCUAUAGAAAUGCCCGCGACUGGGCGAGGGGAGUCAGAGAUGCGUUCAUUAACGCUGCGAACCAAAGGCUUCCUGGAGUGCAUACACAGCCGCAGCCCUGUGCAACAUCUGAGGAGGCGGAAAUCUGUAGCUCGUCGGGUGGUUCAGUGGCAGUGGAGUGUGGCUCAUCAUCACGCACCGUGGUCGCAGAGGAUGCUAGAACGGCGGACCGGGAAGAGAAGGAUCCUAUGGGGGCGGAAAGAAGUCGUUUCAAAAGACGGAGAAUUGAUGACGAAGGAAGAUGA